ACUCAUCGUGCAUGGUCUAACUUCCAGAAAGCUACCCUACAGAGGCAGCCGCCUAUUCUGAUCAAAGCACACACGUCAUCGUCUAUAUUUUUCUUUAUAAAGUGGGAAUAUAUUGAGAGACAAACACCAACAAACAAAUAAAUUAUAUCGUAAGGGCUCAAUUUUUCCAUGGUCACACGUAGAAUAUGUGGCGCAUGAUGAGGGGUUUAGGUACGUAUAUAUGUAUGUAUUAAGUCAUCCUAAAGAAAAAGAGUAAAGUUGGGGACGUAUCGAGAUUGGUUUACAAAAUUAGCAUACCAAAUGACGUGGCCGACUGUAGUUAAUCGCGUGUUAACUAUGACUCGGCACUUAUUCAAAAGGCACGGUUAUAAUCCGUCACUGUAAUAAUAGUAUUGGAUUUUUGGAGAUCCUUCUUAAUGUAUCCGACAAAACUUGAAAGAAUACAAAGAGGGAAUAUGUGAGGUGCAUCUCACGGAAUUUCAGUCCAAAUAUCAAAUUAGAAAGCGAAACUGACAUUUUUAAGCAGGAUUCGUGUCUGCAUGCUCUUAGUUAAUUCCUUCCCUAUAGUUGUCUGACUUUUUUUUUUUUGUCUACUGAGCGACCAAAGAUGGUGACUUUUGUUUAUAAAACCAUCAAGGACAUAGCCAGUUGCCUGCAAGAUAAUAUAAUUACAGUAGUUGUCCAUAUAAGUCAAAAGCCACUGUGUUUGCAACGCAACACGCAACUUGAAAUGAAGCAGGUAUAAAUCAAGCUCAUCAGUUGCUUCACGAAAAGCAGAGGGUGUAUUGAGAGAGAGAUAGAGAGAAAUAGGAGAGAGAAUAUGCAGGAGGAGCAUCAGGUGGCAAGUGCAGGAGCCCCAACAACAUUGGAAGGGAGCAAAAGUAUAGUGGACAUUAACGUGGAGGGCACGACCCCACCCUUUGAUCCCCCUAAUUCCACGCAUCAAGAGGACUCACAAAAUCAGAAACCUGGACUGAGACGCUUCUUAUCAUUUGUUGGUCCUGGUUUUCUCGUUUCCCUUGCAUAUCUUGACCCAGGAAACUUGGAAACUGAUCUACAAGCUGGAGCGAAUCAUGAAUACGAGCUUCUGUGGGUUAUACUCAUUGGAUUGAUAUUUGCUCUCAUCAUCCAAUCGCUAGCUGCUAAUCUCGGAGUGACCACAGGCAAACACCUGGCUGAGCUAUGUAAGGUCGAGUACCCACUGAUGGUGAAGUAUUGUUUAUGGCUUUUGGCUGAAGUGGCAGUUAUAGCCGCCGAUAUACCUGAAGUGAUUGGGACAGCCUUUGCACUUAACAUAUUGUUUCACAUCCCAGUGUGGGCUGGAGUUUUGGUUACUGGUUGCAGCACGCUCGUGCUUCUGGGCCUGCAGAGAUAUGGGAUUCGGAAGCUGGAAUUGCUGAUAACUACAUUAGUAUUCUUAAUGGCGGCUUGUUUCUUCGGCGAACUGAGCUACGUGAAGCCUCCCGCUUCGAAGGUCUUGGAGGGAAUGUUCAUCCCCAAGCUCUCUGGGAACAGCGCCACCGGCGAUGCCAUCGCUUUGCUCGGCGCACUCGUGAUGCCGCACAACUUGUUCCUCCAUUCUGCUUUGGUUUUGUCCAGGAAAGUCCCGAGAUCGGUUCGAGGCAUCAAUGAUGCCUGUCGGUUUUUCCUCAUAGAAAGUGGGUUCGCAUUAUUCAUGGCAUUCUUGAUCAACGUCGCCGUUGUGUCUGUGUCUGGCACCAUCUGCUCGAGCGACAAUCUUUCGAGCGAGAUUGCAAGUCGAUGCGGCGAUCUAACUCUCAAUUCCGCUGCAUUCCUCCUCAAGAAUGUGUUGGGUAGAUCUAGCUCGACGGUUUAUGCCAUUGCAUUGCUAGCUUCAGGACAAAGCUCCACAAUCACAGGAACCUAUGCAGGCCAAUACAUCAUGCAGGGAUUCUUGGAACUCAAAAUGAAGCAAUGGAAAAGAAACCUACUGACUCGAUGCAUAGCCAUUACACCGAGUCUCAUUGUCUCUAUCAUCGGCGGAUCUUCGGGUGCCGGUAGGCUCAUCAUCAUCGCGUCGAUGAUACUAUCAUUUGAGCUUCCGUUUGCUCUUAUCCCACUCCUUAAGUUCAGUAGCAGUGCAACAAAGAUGGGACCCCACAAAAACUCAAUCUACAUUAUUGUGAUCUCGUGGUUCCUAGGAGUGGGACUCAUCGGUAUCAACAUCUACUACCUCAGUACGGGCUUUGUUGACUGGCUAAUCCACAACAGUCUUCCCAAAGUUGCCAAUGUUUUCGUCGGAAUCCUAGUGUUCCCACUCAUGGCCAUCUACAUCAUUGCAGUGAUCUACUUAACUUUCCGAAAGGACUCUAUCGUGACGUUUAUUGAUGACCCUGUUAAGCACGCGACAUCAAUGGCUAUCGAACAUGGAUGUGGCGAUUCUGGCAAGUCGCAGGACCAACUUCCUUAUCGGGAGGACCUAGCAAAUAUUCCUCUUCCAGAAUAGUUUGCAUCAGACCGCUUAACCCUCAAGAAGGUAUCCCCCAAUGUACAUAUGUUACGGCUAGUGCUAUCACCUAGAGGAGGGUGAAUAUGUGAUUUUACCAAUUUGAAUGAUUUAAACGUGCAUAAUGAAUGUAGUCGAGGUCAACAACUUAUAUGAUCAAUAUUAGAUGGAUAUGUAUGACAAACUUGUAUAUAAGUUGUCGUCAGAUAAUUGUGUCUAAUGACUAUGAUGAUGAUUUAACGAA